AUGUCGCUUGGCCAACUGGUCAGCUCCAACGCCCAUACAAAGUGGGCCGGCCGGCCGACCACCCGCACGCCGCAAUCCGCAGCCAUCCACGGCCAUCCCGGCCGCCUCGCUGCCUCGCCAUCCGCGCGCGCGCCCUACCCCCCAUCCCGGCCCGUCUCUCCCCGCGGCGCCUCGCAUCACCCCAUCUCACCCGGCCAACUGGUCAAUUCCCUUCGCCAGCACGCACGCAACUCGCCGCGGGCACCGGACGCCUGCCUGCCUGGCCCUCGCCGUGAGCGCCGGCCGGUCAGCCGCCCCCGCCCUACAGGUGCUCCGGCGCCGUGUGGCCGGCCAUCCUGCGUGCAAACGUUCUGUGGUCCGAAAGUGAUUCGUGGGGGACGCCCACCGGCCCACCGCGUCCUGGCGACCGUCUCGCGCGGCCAACUGGUCAACGGCCCUUGGACGCGCACAAGGGCCGGACGGCCUCCUUGCCUUGACGCCGUUCGAGCCAGUCAACGCGAUUUGAUUCCAGAUCCAUCUCCUUCGCGAUGA